UCCUCCAGUGUCUACUCAGUCCUUAAAAACCCCGGGCAGAGGGAUGGCGCGUGUCGCCUCUGGGGUGCGUGGCGGACACCUCUGCCACACCAGCUUGAAAGCCGCCGGCGGCCUGAGAUUUGACUCCACUUUAUCAACUCCCAACCCCCGCGCAUCUCAACUGCGACUCCAGCUCCGUGACGAAGCCACGACUUUGCGGAGCCCCAAGCGCAGUGGAGCUCUGCAAACUGAGACCCUCCCCACCCCCGGUCCUCCAUCCUGAUCUAAGCUUAGGUUCUGACUGAGCCAAGAGUGGGCGCUAAAGCAGCGGACGUCAGGUGUCUAGGGAGGGCCUCCAGGUCCCUGGGGACUCCUAGGUUGAAGUCUUGUUCUGGGCAGAGGCCCCCGGGCUUCUCCCAGAGCCGGUUGCUCCACACCGCUGGAAAAGCACACUUCAUCGCAGCAUGGCCACUAGCCUUAGCGCAGACAGCGCGCAGCAGCCGAACACGCUGUCUACCCAGCAGACAACACUUCUGCUACUCCUCUCUGUCCUGGCAGCCGUGCACUUGGGACAGUGGCUGCUGCGACUGUGGCGGCGGAAACCAUGGUCCUCGCCCCCGGGUCCUUUCCCAUGGCCACUGAUCGGCAACGCGGCAUCUGUGGGCCCGGCCUCGCACCUGUACUUCGCUCGCCUUGCAAGGCGCUAUGGCGACGUUUUCCAGAUCCGUCUGGGCAGCUGUCCCGUGGUGGUGCUGAAUGGCGAGAGUGCCAUCCACGAAGCCCUGGUGCAGCAGGGAAACAUCUUCGCGGACCGGCCGCCCUUCGCCUCUUUCAGCGUGGUGUCUGGUGGCAGCAGCCUGGCGUUUGGCCACUACUCUGGGCGCUGGAAGGCGCAGCGACGCGCGGCCUACGGUACGAUGCGUGCCUUCUCCACGCGUCACCCUCGCAGCCGCCGCCUCCUUGAGGGCCACGCGCUGUGCGAGGCGCGAGAGUUGGUGGCGGAGCUGGUGCGACGCUGCUCGGGUGGCGCCGUUUUGGAUCCUACACAGCCGAUCAUCGUGGCCGUGGCCAAUGUCAUGAGCGCCGUGUGCUUCGGCUGCCGGUACAACCACGACGAUGCCGAGUUCUUGGAGCUGCUCAGCCAUAACGAAGAGUUUGGGCGCACGGUGAGCGCGGGCAGCCUGGUGGACGUGCUGCCCUGGCUGCAACUCUUCCCUAACCCGGUGCGCACCACCUUCCGCGAGUUCGAGCAGGUCAACCGCAGCUUCACCAACUUUGUCCUGGACAAGUUCUUCAGGCACCGUGAAAGCCUGAUGCCCGGGGCUGCUCCCCGCGACAUGAUGGACGCCUUCAUCCUCUCCGCCGAAAAGAAGGAGGCCGAAGGCCCUAGCGAGGGUACCUUCGGGCUGGAUUUGGUGCCCGGUACGAUUAUGGACAUCUUCGGAGCCAGCCAGGACACCCUCUCCACCGCGCUGCUCUGGCUGCUCAUCCUCUUUACCAGAUACCCGGAUGUGCAGGCUCGGGUGCAGGCUGAGCUGGACCAGGUUGUGGGGAGGGACCGUCUACCCUGCAUGGGUGACCAGCCCAACCUGCCGUAUGUCAUGGCUUUUGUGUAUGAAUCCAUGCGCUUCUCCAGCUUUUUGCCUGUCACCAUUCCUCACGCCACCACUGCCAACACCUUUGUGUUAGGCUACUACAUCCCCAAGAACACGGUGGUUUUUGUUAACCAAUGGUCUGUGAACCAUGACCCACUGAAGUGGCCUAACCCAGAGGAAUUUGAUCCAGCCCGAUUCCUGGACAAAGACGGCUUCAUCAACAAGGAACUAGCCAGCAGUGUGAUGAUUUUUUCGGUGGGCAAACGGCGGUGCAUCGGCGAAGAGCUGUCUAAGAUGCUGCUGUUCCUCUUCUUCUCCAUCCUCGCUCACCAGUGCCAUUUCAAGGCUAACCAAAACGAGCCCUCAAGCAUGAGUUUCAGUUAUGGCCUGACCAUUAAGCCCAAGUCGUUUAAAAUGCAUGUCUCUCUCAGAGAGUCCAUGGAGCUCCUUGAUAGUGCUGUUCAGAAGCUGCAAACCGAGGAGGCUGGCCAGUGAGAAGCCAGAGGCAGCUAGGAUGUUAGAGGGACGCCCGCCUCACUAACGGGAGGAAAACACGGGGCUUUUGUUCGUUUUUCUGCCUCACGUUUGCCAUCGCUUCUCUGAGUGGGCAGAAAUCAGGUGGCCUGAAGAUGAGGCAUGUUUACCAAUUCACGGCUCCUCACAGGCGCGCGCUGCCGUUACUGGAAGUAUGUCUGAAUCACAGUAAAAAGGCCCAAGGAAUUUGGAUCCUGCCAGCAAAAACUUCCUAAGGGAACUUUUUUUUUUCAGUUAAAGGCGUGCACCACCACUGCCCGGCUCAAUUAAACAUAUGCACAUAUAUCAGUAAAUGUGUACAACUAUCUAACAAAGUAUUUCAGUACUUCUACCUUUGUGAGUAGAUUUGAGAUGGACUUAUGUGCAGAAAUUUACCCCUUCAGAAACUACACUAAGCAAAGGUUUAGGAUAUACUCAAGAUUCAAAGACAAGUGAUUUCAUCGAGAAAAAAAUUUGUAAAGACCAGAAAUUCUCCACCAAGAAACAACCUCCUUUGGAAAUUACUUAAACCCUUUGUAGUAGCCCUCCUGGGUGAGGCUUUCUUCGGAGAUGCACCUCCACUCUGCCUGAGUCAGUUGCUCAAAAAGAAAUUAAUAGUUAAUUUAUUAACUGCAGUAAGUUUCAGAGAUUACUUAAUUUAAAGGUAAAUUGUUUAGAUGACAUUUUUUUGUUUGUUUUACAAGUUAAAGCUGCACGUUAUUUGACUGCUAAAGUAAACUAUUCCAGUGAUGAGGAGAAAAAAGAUUUGCCAGUCCCACUUCAGCUUUCAAAUAUGGGAUUAUAAUAAACUGGUUUCAGUAAUAAGUCUCAUAAACACACACACACACACAAAACAACUCACGUCACCAAAUACUAUUCAAUGCAUAUAAAUUUGUUACAUGAGUAUUCACAAACAUCAUAUGAAUGUUAAACAUCUGAUCAGAAAAACAUUUGGAUCAUAUAUUUCUUAUAUCAUACUGUAAGCCAACAAGUGUACUCAGUUGAAAUUUGCCCAAAUCCAGGGAAUGAGCUUGACUAAAUCAAUUAGUUUUGACAUCAGGGAACCAAGUAACAGAAAGAUUUUUUUUCUCAUUCAAGGUUCAGACAAGGGACAAAUCUAAAUCAGCAGACUAUGUUCUUAUGCGGCAGGGUUAGAACACUGACACUCCUGGAAUCGACCCCAUUAAUGUGUUAAGAUUCCAUACUGUUGGCAUGCUUCGAUUUUAAAUGAACUUAAAGUCUAUCUUGAUUAUUUCCUUUCAGUUGAUGCUAGAGGAAAUAUGGUCAUCUUCCCUUCAAAGGUGAGACACCCACCCUUUGUUUGAAAAAAGGCCAUGAAUUUCCUAGAUGUUCUUUGUAUUAGGCCAAACGAUAGGAAACUCAUUACAGCUGGGUAGUUUCUCUUUAAAUGUCAUUAUUAUUGUUGUUACUAUUAUUGUUUCUUAAGUUCAGUAUUUAAAGUCUGUGAUUUUUUUCUUCUUCUUUCUUUUCUUUCUUUGUUUGUCCUGGGAGGCUGUGUAAUGACUGCAUUGUGAGAUGCUGGAGAGAGCUCUUAUUAGGAUGCACACUAAGAGCUUUGCUCUUUUUGGUAGCUAGGAAAGAAGAAAUGUAUGUAUUUGGAUUUUGUAAACAAGCCGAAAACCCUUCAAGAAAGGCUGGAAGAGGGCCGGUGGGGGUUUCCCGUUUCUGUUUUCAUUGCAAUUAGAUGUAACAGAAGAAGCCGGCAGCACUCAGCUUACUGUUUGCUCUGUUUCUUUGGGCUUUUGGAAUUUUCAUAUCAAAAUUACAAAGGAUGGAGUGUGUGAUGGUCUGUAUGUGGAGGUGGCCAGAAGCUGCAAAACAAAGAAUGAGUAUGAAGAAAGAAGUCUAAAUGGUUCCAUUCACUCCCAAUUAACUUAUUGGACUAUAAAGUUUGAAGCAUGAAUGUUUAGGAAAAAAAUGUUUGGAAUAGCAGCCCUGAAAUUUUAAGGGUAUCUUAAGAAUCGCCCUAACUCCCCCCAAUACACACACAUCUAUUUUGUGGUUGGAAAUUGAAUUAUAAAAAUUUAAACUUUAUUUUAAAAUCUUCACACCAGAACCCCUUGGAAUGUGAAACACGGGUGGUAUCAGUAUUUUAAAGGCCUUAAUUUCAACUACAGAAAUUAACUCUAAAUUUUUCAAGUUUUUUUUUAGACAUCUUGAAAAUUUGUGCCCCAGUAGGACCGGGACAGUGACAUGCACUCGCUCGUGGACUCCUUACUCUGAGACAUUGUAAUAGUGAGAGUCGGCAUGUAACAAUCUCCCUUCAUUAACUUAACAAAACCCAGAUGCUUGUUUUGUGAAUGGAGGCACCAUUUCAUCUGAUGCUUUCAGAGGCUGGGAACGAAGCAGUGUGUGUGUGUGGUGUGUGUAUGUGUGUGUGGUAUUUGUAUGUGUGUGGUAUGUGUAUGUGGUGUGUGUGUGGUGUAUGUGUGUGUGUGGUGUGUGUGUUUAUAUGUG